AUGGCCAAGUCCAAGAACCACACCGCCCACAACCAGACCCGAGUGCGUUGCAAUCCUCGUACCUACCACCCGUCUUCCUUCCUGCCUUGACUUACAUCCGCCCUCACCUUUCGCACCCAACAGAAAGCUCACCGCAACGGUAUCAAAAAGCCCAAGACGAACAAGUACCCCUCGCUCAAGGGUGUACGUUCCUUACCCCUUGCCUUGCACUCUCUUGCGAUUGCGAUGCACCAGAACCUGAUCAAUCUCAUCCAUCCGUGGUGUCCUAGGUUGACCCCAAAUUCCGCCGCAACGCUCGUCACGCCGCCAUGGGAACACAAAAGGGUGCGCUUUGCUGAGCCCAAUUCGAGCAGGCCGUCCCAAGGGUACGAACUAACUUGCAUCGUCUCACACCUUGUAUGUUCUUCAGCCGUCGCUGCUGCCAAGGCCGCCGCUGCUUCAGGUCAGUACAUACCUCCUGGCAAAAAGUCGCGGGCAAUCCUAAUUGCUCAUCUGUAUCUCUUUGAUCGUGGACAGCAUAA